AUGAUCUCUUUCCCUUCUGAAUCCGCGAGACUUCGAGACAAGAAGGAGGAGAUGAAUUACGAAUUUGGGCGAGAAAGUGGUUUCAUCAACAGCCAGCCGUCGCUCGCCGAGUGCCUGACAUCUUUCACAAACCCUGUCGGUGAUGCAUUUCAAAGUUCAUCAAUCAAGAGCUCAGCGCUUUCACGGUCGACACUGAUUCCUCCUCCUUUUGAGCAGACCGUCCCCGGCCUCUGCCCCAGCGUCCACCCACGCCACGGCCGCGCAAAGCAGGCUGUGAAAGGCUGCAGCCCGCUCCGGGCUGCCUCCCUGCCCCCGGAGUACCCGGAGAGGUAUUUCCACCAGAAUACCCUGACUUCACAGCAGUGUCAGAACGGACACAAUGGGGACAACCAGAGCCCGACUGUUUCCAUUUUAAGCAGCAAUGAGAAAAAUCUGAAACAUUUUCCAAACCCCACACCCACUGUUCCGAUGUGCCCGCCAACAAUAGGCCCGGACAAUGAGGGCUCCUCCGGCCUGGACGCGUCUUUGCAGGAUUUCCACGUUUUCUCCCCGUCGCCGAGUUUCUCGCCGAGUUUCUCAGAGUCAAUACAGAGCCCUCUGCCUUUAUCCUCCGAAACUUUCGACCUUUUCUCAGAGACCCUCACGACAAUGGACCUGCAGAACCUGAGCUACUGA